AUGGCACUGAAGGCUGUUUGCGUGCUAAAAGGAACCGGUGAAGUUACCGGGACCGUAUUCUUUGAGCAACAGGUAAAAUAUUUAUUUAAAAAGGAAAAAUACAUGCUUGCUUUUUUUUUUUGGCCACGGCAAAUCACAUGCAUGCACUUUGAGACGCAGUCUGUGCAGAUGGGCCUCGUCCAAAUAGCUAGCAACUUGGCUAUCUUAGCUAGCUAACUAACGUUACUUGUCAAAACCCUUUCAGAUACCUUAUGCAACAGUUGAGUUAGCGUUACUUAGCUCGCUAGCUGGUUAUUUUGCCCUGGCGAAGUGUAACGUUAGAUAGCUAUCUAUCUUUUGUAUCUGCCUUGUAAGGCCAGUUUCAUUCCGAGUUCAGUCAUGUCAUGCAAACGAUUUACUUGAUAGCCUGCUGACGUUAGCUACUGUAGCCAUAGGAACAUGUGUGACAACCUUUGCUACCGGUCGGCUCGAAACCUGUAGUUGCACUUUUAAGCCCUCGAUGUAAAUUAUCUACUCAAUUUUAGUUAGAUACUGUAGCUAUAGCUAGUAUUUUGUAAACAGGGGGGAAAUUAUGUGCGUUAAAUGCUAGCUAGUUCUGCCUGUUACACAUUUUUAACGUUAACUAGGAAGUUUGGGGGGUGCCUAGCUUAACUAUCAAACUAACCUUAGCUAGUUGACGUUACGUGUAACAGAUGAAUAAGUGACGACAUUUUUUUUUUUUUUUGCUGAGUCAUUCUAGCCUGUGUGCCAGUCCGUUUGUGCUCUCUGAGAACACACAGAGAUCUGGCACCAGGCUGGAGUCGUUCUGCUUUGGCCCCCAUUUUCCCUUGAACCUGGUCUGGUGUGUGGUAACCUAACUGUCGUGCCAAAUUUGCACGAAGAAGGCGUGUGGUCGUUGGGGCCACCAAACUAACAGUUGUAGCUAGCAAGUUGACCGUUGAUCCCCCUCCAUUUCAAAAGUAGCCCAAACAGCUAGCUUGUUAUGGCUAGGUGCUAUGCUAGCCUCAGUGUCUGUUUUUGUGCUGUCAUGCCGAAUACUAAUACUUAAAUAGAGAGUAACACAUGGCUCAUUGAUGUGUUAAUUCUGUUUUUUUCCCCAACCCCUGACACAUCAUUUUGACAGCUAAUUUUACAUCAUGUGGUGUUUUGAUCUGUGUUUUCAACGUGUGUGCUCUCCCCUCAUGCCUAUGUUCUGCAGAGUGCCAAUGAUUCAGCAAAGCUCAGAGAUAACAGGGCUUGGCGAUAUGGACAAUAUCAUAUCGCAAUAUUUGUUUACAUUUUUGAUGGUGUUUUACUUAUGUUUUUGAAUAAUAGUUCUAAAUAUGCUUUACGAGUAGUUCAUGACCCUAGAGUGGCAACACAAAUUACAAGUCAUUUCCACGGGGCGUUCUCUCAAUUGGUAGAGCAUGGCGCUUGUAACGCCAGGGUAGUGGGUUCGAUCCCCGGGACCACCCAUACGUAAAAAUAUAUGCACACAUGACUGUAAGUCGCUUUGGAUAAAAGCGUCUGCUAAAUGGCAUAUUAUUAUACUGUUCAAUCCAAUUUCAAACAAAUCAUUUUCUGCAUUUUCAUCCAUUUCUGUAUUUCCUGUACUUUUUAUUAUUAUUUUCACUGUGUGCCACUCAGCAUGAAACUGGCGAAAAAAAUAUAGUCCUAGGAAAUUGGUGAACUUGGAAUUAUGGAAAUAUAAUGAUUAUUCUAAUUCUAUAGUUGGAAUAUAGUGGGCAGCACCUUGAAUACAUAGUUUUUUGACAUGACAACAAAUUAAUAAACAAGGGAGGAAUUAUUGACAGGGUAGGAACUAAAGUGUUGGGCAGUGUUUCCAGGUGUCCCUAAUUAGACGGAACAAAAGUAUAAACGCAACAUGUAAAGUGUUGGUCCCAUGUUUAAUAUGCAUGAAAAGCUUCUCUCAAAUUGUGCACAUUUGUUUACAUCCCUGUUAGUGUCCAUUUCUCAUUUUCCAAGAUAAUCCAUUCACCUGACAGGCGUGGCAUAUCAAGAAGCAUGAUCAUUACACAGGUGCACCUUGUGCUGGGGACAAUAAAAGGCCACUCUAAAACGUGCAGUUUUGUCACACAACACUGCCACAGAUGUCUCAAGAUUUGAGGGAGCGUGCAAUUGGCAUGCUGACUGCAGGAAUGUUCACCAGAGCUGUUGCCAGAGAAGUGAAUGGUCAUUUCUCUACCAUAAGCCAGCUCCAACAGCGUUUUAGAGAAUUUGUCAGUACGUCCAACCGGCCUCACAACUGCAGACCAUGUGUAUGUUGUUGUGAACAUAGUGCCUCAUGGAGGUAUGGGCAGACAUAAGCUACGGACAAUGAACACAAUUGCAUUUUAUCGAUGGCAAUUUGAAUGAACAAAAAUACGGUGACCAGAUCCUGAUGCCCAUUGUGAGGCCCAUUUUUAAAAUUUUUUUUUUAAGGUAUCUGUGACCAACAGAUGCAUGUCAUGUGAAAUCCAUAGAUUAAGGCAUAAUGAAUUUAUUUCAAUUUCCUCACUUCCUCAUAUGAACUGUAACUCUGUGAAAUCAAUGAAAUUGUUGUAUGUUGCGUUUUAUAAUUUGGUUCAGUAUAGAUGUUAAUUACAUGUAUUUUUUUACUUAAUCUAGCUAGCUAGCCAACUGUCACGCUUCUCCUAUUAAAUACCGUUGCACAAACAUACUUACCUAGGCCUACCCUAACACUGGUACCAGUAUUGGCUAGCUAGCUACGUUUGCUCUGGCUAUCAGUAAAUUUAGCAAGCUAGCUAGCCAGCUAAUUAGCAUUAGCGGCUAACAAAUUAUUUUAGCAACACCUUGCUAAGGAAAGAAACUAGCAGAUAGUCGUUAAACAAAUGGUGUGUAGAACGCUUGUGGAAAGCAGCAUGUCACCAAGAUUGUUGCAGCCAUCUGACCAUGCUGAGUGAACGGCAAGAAAGUGCUCGUGACUCCUUGGUCGAGCAACUGCUCUGUCCUUGAGGGGCAGGCAGGGCUUGGUGUGGUUAGCGGCAUGCAGUAGCAGAAGGAAAGGGGGGGCGAGACGACUAAAGUAGCAGAUGGCGUAAUCUAUAAAAACGGACAUUAUGCGCAUCACAUUUUAACAAACCAAACAUUGAAAUACUGUUAUAGAAGGUAAAGUAAAAACUCAAACCGGUCCGUCCGUCAAUACCGGUGUAUAUAGUAAAAUACGGUAUAACGCCCAGCCCGUGUUUGUUUGUUUGUUUCGGCUGUACAGGCCUAUAACUCGUGUCUGUCUGUAGGGUGAAAAUGCUCCAGUGACGCUGACAGGAGAGAUCUCGGGUCUGGCCCCGGGGGAACACGGCUUCCACGUCCACGCUUUCGGAGACAACACCAACGGCUGUAUGAGCGCCGGACCCCACUUCAACCCCCACAACAAGACCCACGGAGGACCCGAUGACGAAAUCCGGUUAGUCUGGCCCCAUGACUGAAAGAGUUACGCCUGCUAGACCAGGAGUUUUCAGACCUCUCCUCGGAUAUUCCCAGACGUUCCAUGUACAUAGGUCAGGGAGACAACACAAUUGUGAAAUGUCUGUGGGUCCCCCGGGGAGAGUUUUGAAAACCAUUGUGCUAGAUGGCAACACUAGAAAUGACCUUGUACAGUUGUACUGUUCAACAGACCGUUAUACAAAGAACCAUCAGACUUUAUUAGUAUGGUUAUGAUCAAGCACAUUUUAGAAUUUUGAUCUCAACUAAGUUAACGUAUUGAACCGUACCAUAGCAUGUAUAACUCUCGUCAGUCUUUAAAAAAAAAAAAAUACUUAUCGUAGACUAUGGGAGAAUCUCCAUGUCCUUGAUUUUUCACGCCUUCUCAUCCCCUUAAAACCCAUUGAUGUUCUGACCUUCUCAUCCCCUUAAAACACAUUGAUGUUCUGACCUUCUCAUGUUCUGACCUUCUCAUCCCCCUUAAAACCCAUUGGUGUUCUGACCUUCUCAUCCCCUUAAAACACAUUGAUGUUCUGACCUUCUCAUGUUCUGACCUUCUCAUCCCCCUCAAAACCCAUUGAUGUUCUGACCUUCUCAUCCCCCUUAAAACCCAUUGGUGUUCUGACCUUCUCAUCCCCUUAAAACCCAUUGAUGUUCUGACCUUCUCAUCCAAUGUUUUUUGAUAAGGUGGCGAGGACGCAAGGAAUCUAGUGAUGGGGGGUUCGAAGGUCGAUAGUUACAUAUCGGGAUAUUAUUUUUGGCGAUUAUAUCGUUUUGACAAUAUCCCAAUAUUAUUUUUGUGCUAGUUGGCUGUACCUGCACCAGAACUCCAGUAUUUUCCCCUCCAUAGCGUGUUCUCCAUCCUUUUUAUAUAGGGGAAACCAUUUGUUUUCAACACUUGUUUAUUCCAAUGACCUGAUCAGCAUUUUGUUUCCGUGGCUCCCUCGUCCCUCACCAGGGCUGCCUAACCCUCUUUCCUGGAGAUCUACUGUCCUGUAGGUUUUCAGUCCAACCCUAAUUUAGCAUAUCUGAUUCAGCUGGUUAAGAUCUUGUUGAGCAGCUAAUAAGUAGAAUCAGAUAUGCUAAAUUAGGGUUGGACUAAAAAAACCUACAGGACAGAUCUCCAGGAAGAGGGUUGGGCAACCAUGGUGUAGACGGUAUAGCGAAAUGGUUACUUGCAAUAUCAAAAAUAGAUAAGUGUCAAUAUAAAGGGGGGGAAAAAAGAACAAGUCUCAAUGCCAGUAGAGAAAGAACAAAAUGAAUAUACAGUAUGUACAAGAACAAUAUCAAUAACGUGAUAUUGGUGAUAGAUGAGGUAGUUAUAUGCAUACAGUCAGGGGUAAAGUGGCUGAACAGCAGGAUAGAGAAAAAAUAGUAGCAGCAACGUAUGGCGUGUGUGUGUUAGGAGAGAGUCAUGUGAAUGUCCAUAGAGGCACUGCAGAUAGUGCUGAUGACUGGGAACUCACCCCGAGUGAUGAACUGGUCCGUCCAAACCACGCGUGAACAAGGGACCUAUAUUCGGGGGAGCCUGUUUCUGUCCUGCCCUUGACUUUGGUGCAGGUCAUGUGAUGUCCAUAGCCUCUUCGUCGCAAAACUUCCUGAUCUUCUCAAAAAUAUACGUUUUGACUAGCUGUGUCCAGUCCAGGUGGUGCUUGUACAGGCAGACCAUCUAUGGGAGGAAGGAUGUCAGCGUUGGUGACACCAACACCAGGCUGCCCGAGCAUCGAAGCUGUAAAACAGGAAAUGACAAAACAAACUGAGAAGACAUUACAACCUCGCAUAACAUCAAUUCACCUCCCAAGUUCAGAUAAGAAGAAUAACCUCAUGCACUGAAAAUGAUAUUCACCUGAAGUGCUGGUACUGCUUGAUCUGUGGCAGCGGCCUGAAGUACGGGGUCAGGCUGGCAACAAAACCUUUAGCUUUCCACCAGCACCGUACCAUCCUCCAGUCCAACCAGCUGUGGGAUGUUGACCCCUGUCACAGUGCUGUCCUUCACCACACCAGCAAUCUCGGACAAAGUGUUCACUCUGGUCUUUCUGAAGCGCUGCUUGAUGAGGCCGAAGCACCAGUUGGGGGGGCAAACUUGGUGUGGCCUGUGAUCAGGAAGUGAAGGUCCCAAUCAAAACGUGUUGUUUAUGCUUUACAUACCAAGUGUUGUCAUCGAUUCCUUGUAGAGACGCUACACCGCUGCUUUUGUCACAUGAGAUGGCAGCAGCUUUCCACCAAAGUGUUUGUGUCCUGGGUGGCGUCCUGGUAAUACUAUUGCAUUAACCUCUGCGUGGUUGUUGAUGAAGUUCACAACUCGCUGCAAGUCCUCAAGCUUCAGGUGUAACCUGUGCUUGUUUGGGCCAUCUCUCUUUUUAAUGGGAGGCAUUAGACCGUUCUCCUUGUAUGACUGGUGGAGGAGAGUCAGGCGUGUUCUACUGAUACUGAAAGACAAAUUCCAGAUGCAAAUAUUGUAGCAUUAUUAUACAAUAGAUGUCUUUUAAUCACCGUCAGACACACCUGGCUAAUUGAUGGGUCAUGUAAUCAUCUGGCAAAGUGGAGUCUUUUGUUUAGACAUGUAGCUAGCUAAAGAAUGUACCAUAAUUCCAAUCCAUAGAGUGCUAGCAAUACAAACCGAUUUGUCAUAGCUAGCUAAAGUUAACCAAAUAGUUUCAAUGUUAGCUAGCUAACAUUAGGCUAUAACUAGCAAUGCAAAUGGCUUUGAGAUAAUAUUACUACACAGAUCAUACACGUAAUGUUAGCUAGAGAGCCAGCCAUCUAACGUUAGCUAGCUAACAGUAAGCUUUAACUUGCAAUGAAAACAACUUUCUGACAAAAUUAGAAACGUAUAAUAUCUGAAACUGUAGCUAGACUCUUACCCGUAUACAUGGAUGAACGCUUCACUACAGAUUCCAACCCCUUUCAUUAGAUGAGACGUCCUGUGCCGUUUCCGUUUUUGUUUGUUCAACUUGCUUGGCCACUCUGGUUCACACUGACCGUGUGCAAUGCCAUAAGAAUCGUCCUCCUGAAAGUAGUCCAUUAACUUUUUCCCACUGACCUUUUGUCUAUAGCGCCUGAUCAAUUCAGGGCAGCAAUGUUAUUGCUGUUGCAACAUAUUUGCAGUUCUCCAUGGCUAACGUUAUAUAUUUUAAACUGCAGUAGAAAGGAUUACACAUAACGAGCGGCUCAUUUUAUAAACAGAAGCUGCUACACGGCAGACCAAUCCGAAACUCAUCUCUCGGCAUGUCCAGCCCAUUCAUUAUCUCAGCCAAUCAUGGCUAGCAGAAAGGUUCUUCUCCUUUUCUGUGGCUAAACCAACUAGAUAAUCGUAUUUACAGUUGACAUACAUGCUAUUAAGGCACAUGAAAGUUCAAAUGUUCCAGGAGGCAUUUCUGCCAAAAAAGGCAUUUUGUUAAAAAAAUCUAAAUAAACGUUCAAAUGCCUCUCCUGUGAAGUCGUGACUUACGAUGUACGCCUAGUUUCCUGAAACGAGUCACGUAUGGUGAGCAAUAUGUUUGGAAUAUUGAAUUGCAUUAAAAUCACUAUCGAAUCGCAAUACAUAUCGUAUCGGCACCUAAAUUAUGGUGAUAAUAUUGUAUCGCGAGGUCCCUGGCAAUUCAUAGGAAUCAAAUAAAUGAAAUUAUUCUCUGAGUCUGUUCUUAUCACAUUCCUCGCUGCCUCUCGCAUCACAUGUAGGCAUCAAGCAACUGUCCUUAUGUUGUCUGUCUGUUGGCUUGACCAGCUGAUGUCCAGCAGAACCGUUGGCUUGACCAGCUGAUGUCCAGCAGAACCGUCCUGGUGGAGAGGUUGCAUGGUGGAACCUUUUUAAUGAUUGGCUCUAGGGCUUAAUCCCCAUAAAUAGCAGUGCAUUCGGAAAGUAUUCAGACCCCUUGACUUUUUCCACAUUUUAUGUUAGUCCUCAUCAAUCUACACACAAUACCCCAUAAUGACAAAGCAAAAAGUCAUUUUUUAAAUUUUUGUUGCACAUUUAUAAAAAAAAAAGAAGAAAAACUCACUUAUGUUAGCAUUCAGACCCUUUACUUAGUACUUUGUCGAAGCACUUUUUGGCAGCGAUUACAGCCUCAAGUCUUCUUGGGUAUGACGCUACAAGCAUGGCACACCUGUAUUUGGGGACCAGAACAGCAGAAAAGUUUAGCCUCACGAUUUACAUCGCUAACUCUACCUUUUUUAAAUGCUAUGUUGACUCUUAUUGAGUAGAUCUGUGAUGGAAUCAAAUGAGAUCUACACAUGCAGUGAUAAAGAGGUUUUAGAAAUGUCAACCACCUACUCUUGGCUCUCACCAUUGUUUUGUUACGGUGUGCACAUUGGGGGUAAACUAUUCUAAAGCUGUACCCUUUCCUCUGACAUCAUAUCCUGUCUGUGUUGCUAGGCACGUAGGGGACCUUGGCAACGUGACUGCAGGAGCUGACAACGUGGCUAAGAUCAACAUCUCUGACAAGAUGCUGACUCUCACUGGACCUUACUCUAUCAUUGGCAGGACCAUGGUGGUAAGAACAGUUGUCUCGUUAUCUGACCUACAUUGGUGGUGUUCAAUAGGAAUAAAAUGCUCAAACUGAGUUUUCUAAAUAAAGUUUUCACCCUCAUCUCCCCUCUUGCUCUCUUUCACUCUUGCGCUCGCUCUGUCCUCUCUGUUCUCUCUCUGCUCUCUCUCUGUCCUCGCGCUCUCUCUCUCUGUCCUCGCGGUCUCUCUCUCUCUGUCCUCGCUCUCUCUCUCCUGUCUCUGUCUCUCUGUCUCUGUACUACCCCCCCCCCCCCCUUUUAUCAUUAGAUCCAUGAGAAGGCUGAUGAUCUGGGAAAAGGAGACAACGAGGAGAGUCUGAAGACGGGCAACGCUGGCGGUCGCCAGGCCUGCGGAGUUAUUGGCAUUACCCAGUAAACACACACACCCUUACCGGGAGCACUGGAACCACUAGCCACUGCUUGAAGACCAGCGUAGCUACGCCGAACCCAUAGAAGACUCUGUAAAAUAUAUAUAUGUAACCCCACAUCUACCCUUAGCCCUUACCUAGACCUCUAUGGCACCUCACGUAGAUCUGACAGAAUUUGGGGUGUGUCCUUAAUGGCCACCUAUCGUUUAUAUAGUGCACUACUUUUGAAUAGGGCCCAUAGGACUCUGGUCAAGAGUAGUGCACUAUAUUACAUGGGAUAGGGCGCCGUAUGGGGGACGGAGACCCCUGGGUUCUCAGGGCUUUGACUCGGGACGUUGGAGACGGCGUGUGUGCGGCCCAAAUGACACCCUAUUUAGACCAGAGCCCUACGGCAGGUACAGACAAUAUGCUAGGAGCUUCCCCCUCCGAUAGGCUGGGUGGACGUUUCACCAUAUUGCUUGUACCUGUAAAAAAAAAUCCUUUCAGGUCGAGUGCCCUACGAGGCAGCGGCUAGGGGUGGAUUAGGGGAUUUGGUUUCUAAUGACCACAGAAUAUAAAGCGCUUAUUGAAGUUGUUGACUGUCAACCGUAUACCGGUUUGUCCUGCUACGACAGUUGUUGCUUCCUGUCUGUACGUGAUUGAAUAUUCUGGUACGCUGUCCCAAAAUAUGUGUUAAACAUUGCGAGUCUGAAAUGGCACCCUAGACCCUUUUUACAGCGCGCUACUUUUGACCAGUGGCCGAUUUUGGACACACCUAUUAUGUUCACUUUGUGUGCCAAGCUGCCCAAUAAAGAAAUGCAUUGUCACUGGUGAUACUUGAUUGUGUUAUGUUUUUUUUUAAGUUUUUUUUUCCUAUGGUCAUCAUUAGCUUAGAAAUCCCAGUCUUGUCGCGUCCAGUGGAGGAGAUUUGGAAGGACGGUAAUGCGAGACUAUGAGGGUGGUCGACGUACAGGGCUACAGGUGUGGGCAGGGAUGCUGCUGUUCUACAGAUUGGAAACAUUUUUUUUUUUUGUCUGUACGUAAACUUUCAGUAGCAUCCUGAGUAAGCAUUAGUGCCAGUUUGAAUAACACAACCUAGACAAAUGUAUUUGUUGAAUCGAAAGGGUGUGUAGUGUGUACCAACUAUAUCUCCGCAGGUCCUAGGGUUGUUGACCGCUGUGUUACUGCUUACAAAAUAAUGGCCUCUUGACUGUCGGACUCGGUGUACAGUCGUCAAAAGUUUUGAAUGACACAAAUACAAAUUCUUCACAAAGUCUGCUGCCUCAGUUUUUAUGAUGGCAAUUUGCAUAUACUCCAGAUUGUUAUGAAGAGUGAUCAGAUGAAUUUCAAUUAAUUGCAAAGUCCCUCUUUACCAUGAAAAUGAACUUAAUCCCCCCCAAAAAAACAUUUCCAAUGCAUUUCAGCCCUGCCACAAAAGGACCAGCUGACAUCAUGUCAGUGAUUCUCUCAUUAACACAGGUGAGAGAGUUGACGAGGACGGAGAUCACUGUCAUGCUGAUUUACAUUUUAGUCAUUUAGCAGACGCUCUUAUCCAGAGCGACUUACAGUUUAGUGAGUGCAUACAUUUUUCAGACUAGCCCCCUGUGGGAAUCGAACCCACAACCUUGGCGUUGCAAGCGCCAUGCUCUACCAACUGAGCUACAGGAGGCUGAUUGAGUUAAAAUAACAGACUGGAAGCUUUAAAAGGAGGGUGGUGCUUGAAAUCAUUGUUCUUCCUCUGUUAACCAUGGUUACCUGCAAGGAAACGUGUGCCGUCAUCAUUGCUUUGCACAAAAAGGGCUUCACAGGCAAGGAUAUUGCUGCUAGUAAGAUUGCACCUAAAUCAACCAUUUAUCGGAUCAUCAAGAACUUCAAGGAGAGAGGUUCAAUUGUUGUGACGAAGGCUUCAGGGCGCCCAAGAAAGUCCAGCAAGCGCCAGGACCGUCUCCUAAAGUUGAUUCAGCUGCGGGAUCAGGGCAUCACCAGUGCAGAGCUUGCUCAGGAAUGGCAGCAGGCAGGUGUGAGUGCAUCUGCACGCACAGUGAGGCAAAGGCUUUUGGAGGAUGGCCUGGUGUCAAGAAGGGCAGCGAGGAAGCCACUUCUCUCCAGGAAAAACAUCAGGGACAGACUGAUAUUCUGCAAAAGGUACAGGGAUUGGACUGCUGAGGACUGGGGUAAAGUCAUUUUCUCUGAUGAAUCCCCUUUCCGAUUGUUUGGGGCAUCCGGAAAAAAGCUUGUCCGGAGAAGACAAGGUGAGCGCUACCAUCAGUCCUGUGUCAUGCCAACAGUAAAGCAUCCUGAGACCAUUCAUGUGUGGGGUUGCUUCUCAGCCAAGGGAGUGGGCUCACUCACAAUUUUGCCUAAGAACACAGCCAUGAAUAAAGAAUGGUACCAACACAUCCUCCGAGAGCAACUUCUCCCAACCAUCCAAGAACAGUUUGGUGACGAACAAUGCCUUUUCCAGCAUGAUGGAGCACCUUGCCAUAAGGCAAAAGUGAUAACUAAGUGUCUCGGGGAACAAAACAUCAACAUUUUGGGUCCAUGGCCAGGAAACUCCCCAGACCUUAAUCCCAUUGAGAACUUGUGGUCAAUCCUCAAGAGGCGGCUGGACAAACAAAAACCCACAAAUUCUAACAAACUCCAAGCAUUGAUUAUGCAAGAAUGGGCUGCCAUCAGUCAGGAUGUGGCCCAGAAGUUAAUUGACAGCAUGCCAGGGUGGAUUGCAGAGGUCUUGAAAAAGAAUGACUCUUUGCAUAAACUUAAUGUAAUUGUCAAUAAAAGCCUUUGACACUUAUGGAAUGCUUGUAAUUAUACUUCAGUAUACCAUAGUAUCAUCUGACAAAAAUAUCUACAAACACUGAAGCAGCAAACUUUGUGAAGACCAAUACUUGUGUCAUUCUCAAAACCUUUGACCACGACUAUAGUAGUACAGUAGAAAAGAUUGCUCUGGUCAUUUAGUAGUGGUAGUGUUUUUUGGUGACACUAGAUGGCGCCAUCGCCCUGUCCCGGUCACAGGGAGUGGUUGGUGACAGUGAAGAAGAGGGAUAACUCAGGCCAAAAUCUGUUUCCUCUGACAAGGUGCUGGGGUUUUUUCGACUCCCCAGGCGAGGAGUUUUUGUAUGGCGGUAAAUGAGUGUCGAAUUUGGUCAACAAAAAAUCUAAUGGCAUCCAGGCUCUGUCGUAGCCGGCUGCGACCGGGAGACCCAUGGGGCGGCGUGCAAUUGGCCCAGCGUCGUCCAGGGUAGGGGAGGGAAUGGCUGGCAGAGAUGUAGCUCAGUUGAUAGAGCAUGGCGUUUGCAACGUCAGGGUUGUGGGUUCGAUUCCCACAGGGGGUAUGAAAAAAAAAUAAUGUAUGCACUAACUGUAAGUCGCUCUGGAUAAGAGCGUCUGCUAAAUGACUAAAAUGUAAAUGUAAAUGUUAUUAAUGCUUAGGUUAAGUGUACUGCUAUAAGUAGGGAAUGUGAGAAAAAACACUGUCGGAGUUGUGCCUGUUGUUCACACGUAGGGCUGUGGCGGUCAUGACAUUUUCUCAGCUGCUGAUUGUUAAGCAAAUAACUGCCGGUCUCACAGUAACCAUUAAUUAACAAACAUAUUUUAGCAUCUCCUGGCUUCCACGCAUAGCCUACAAGCCGUUGAUGCAGACCUUUUGGAACAUCUACAUUUAAAAAAGUCUAAUAAAUCCAUGUAAUAUAGCCUACACCAUCACAAUAAAUCCAUUAUUUAUUUUAGACAGGUCUAAAGAAACGUGUUAAGAAGAAUGUAGUUAUUUCAGAAGAACAGAAUAGCAUACUUUGAGUCGUCAAUAUGUUAGGCCCUGAUACAGCCAACAAGAUGAGUAGGCCUAACGAACAGCCAAAGCACUAGCCAUAUGUCAAUCUACUAUCCCCCAUAGUACAGAAGUUGACCUAUUCUAUUCUGUGCAAGAAAUAAAUAUUCCAAACAGUUGUGGGAUGCGAUUAGAUCCCAAAUUAAUACAACCACGCGCAUCAAAAAAAACCUUUAAAGGCAAUGAGGCUGAUGCAACAGAUCAGAACGUUUAGCUUUAAAAUGUUAUUCGGCUAUUUCUUCACAUCAGCGCAGCAAUGCGCACACGGCAGUAGGCUAUAAGCGCGAAUGUUCCAAAAUGCAAUCAAUUAGCGGAAAAAAAAAACACUGUUCUGAAGUGACCAUAAAUGCGAUGAUGCAUGUAACGCUUUAUUAUAAAAAUGCAUUGUUAUGGUGUAAAUGAUUGUACCCAAACUUGAAACUCGUGCGCCGCCUAUGUAUGCCAGAUAGACUCUACACCGGUUGUAAAGCGGAUUAAUGUGCUUAAUUUCAAGAAGUUAUUUGGCCACUUUAGUUGUGAUACAAACCUUAUCAAAACAUAUAGGCCUACGGGCUAGGUUACAUGAGGUGUGGGACUAUGAUUAGAAAAAGUCGCCAAAAAAAGGUAUGCAUUGCUUCUUGCCUUACGCUGGGCAUCAUUCACAAGUGAUAAUAAAUCAUUCACAAGUGAUAGGCUAAUAUUGUCACCCAUCAGACUAUUCUUGAUUUAAUCUUGUCUUUACAUAUACUAAAUAAUAUAUGUGUGAAAUUUGUUUUGAUUUAGAAUGGACCAUUAUCAUGCACCUGUCUCGAAACGGGGAAAAAAAGACAUGUCGUCUAUGCACUUAAAUAGCGAAUGGAGGACGCUUUUCCCCUAGUUCAUUUUCAUGCCAGCCAGGUAGACUAAACUCCUGUUGUAAAGAUAAACAAUGUGCUUAAUAUUAGGAAAGUUGAGAAAUAAAUAUAGUAGGACUAGCCUAUAGAAAGCUGAUGGGAUCCUCCUCUUUUUAAUAGAGGCCAUCAAAACUCUGUUUUCUCAUGCAAUUGCAUAGCCUAUAGAAAUGUUUCACAACAUGAGUGCGUGGGGUCUCAUGAAUUGUUUGAUUUGAUUUUUUAAAAACAUUUCCAUUGAUGUCAGAGUGAUUAGAGGGACAAUAGAGUGCUGAGUACCAGGCAGUUAGCAAGUUUGGUAGGAUACUAAUGACCAGCAGCAGCAUCAGAGCCUGGAGAAGCCUAGUUACCGUGACUAAACAGUCACGUGGAAUUUGACUGCGGUCAUGACUCGUGACCGCCGGUGUGGCGGUAAUAAGAUAACUGGAACAGCCCUAUUCACACAUCUAUUUUCCCUAUCGUUGACUAGAAUGGUCCCACCUGAUCUCGCCUCCUCCCGACUUUGAGGACACGUGUAUUUCCAUUGUUAGUGGCCACUCAACGAUCUGGUCCAUAUCAUGGAUAAUCUAUCAUGGUGAGCAGGGUUGUGGUCAUUUAGAUCUAUGGUUGGAUUAAAUCAAUUUCAAUUCAUAAAGUAAACUGAAAUUCCAAAUUAAUUUUUUAUGAACAAUUAUUUUACUUUAAAGAUGCACUAUGCAGAAAUCGCUCCGCCAUUUAUUUCCUGGUUGCUAAAAUUGUAGUAGUUCGCUUAAUUUCAGUUUGUUUACAAAACAAGCAAGUGUAGUGUAGAGAAUCAUUGUACCUUCUAAAUCGCUGUGGAAUUUAUUUUCCAUAACCAAAAAUAUUGUAUUUUCAUCUGUUUCAAGCUGGUGUACAAAACCGAACGUAAAAGACGCAAAAACAAAACUUAAGAACGGGAAGCAUAGAAAUAGAACACAUAGAACAGAUCUACCGCUUCUUAGACUUGCUUUCAAUGAGAAUUACAGAUCUAUUAUUCACAUCUGGCCGUGUGGUGCCAGGACAACAACCUCUCCCUCAACGUGACCAAGACAAAGGAGAUGAUUGUGGACUACAGGAAAAAAAAGAGGACUGAGCACGCCCCCAUUCUCAUCGACGGGGCUGUAGUGGAACAGGUUGAGAGCUUCAAGUUCCUUGGUGUCCACAUCACCAACGAACUAUCAUGGUCCAAACACACCAAGACAGUCGUGAAGAGGGCACGACAAAGCCUAUUCCCCCUCAGGAGACUAAAAAGAUUUGGCAUGGGUCCUCAGAUCCUCAAAAAAUUCUACAGCUGCACCAUCGAGAGCAUCCUGACUGGUUGCAUCACCGCCUGGUAUGGCAACUGCUUGGCCUCUGACCGCAAGGCACUACAGAGGGUAGUGCGUACGGCCCAGUACAUCACAGGGGCAAAGCUCCCUGCCAUCCAGGACCUCUAUACCAGGCGGUGUCAGAGGAAGGCCCUCAAAAUUGUCAAAGACUCCAGUCACCCUAGUCAUAGACUGUUCUCUCUGCUACCGCACGGCAAGCGGUACCGGAGUGCCAAGUCUAGGUCCAAAAGACUUCUCAACAGCUUCUACCCCCAAGCCAUAAGACUCCUGAACAGCUAAUCAUGGCUACCCGGACUAUUUGCACUGCCCCCCCCACCCCAUACUUUUUACGCUGCUGCUACUCUGUUAAGUAUUUAUGCAUAGUCACUUUAACUCUACCCACAUGUACAUAUUACCUCAACUACCUCAACUAGCCGGUGCCCCCGCACAUUGACUAUGCAACGGUACCCCCCUGUAUAUAUAGCCUCCCUACUGUCACUUUAUUCUAUUGUAUAUAUAGCCUCCCUACUGUCACUUUAUUUUUUACUUCUGCUCUUUUUUUCUCAACACUUUUUUUGUUGUUGUUUUAUUCUUACUUUUUUUGUUUAAAAUAAAUGCACUGUUGGUUAAGGGCUGUAAGUAAGCAUUUCACUGUAAUGUCUGCACCUGUUGUAUUCGGCGCAUGUGACCAAUAAAAUUUGAUUUGAUUUGAUUUGAUUUGAUUUCUAUGUGAAUUUGGUCGGCUCACCCAAAAAGUUACACAUUCAACUUUAUUUUAUAAAGCCCAUUUUACAUCAACAGUUGUCACAAAGUGCUUAUACAGAUACCCUGCCUAAAACCCCAAAGAGCAGGCAAUGCAGAUGCAGAAGCACAGAAAUUAAAUUGACCCCAAUCCAGAGUGGUAUAGAGCCCCACAGUGGAGGUGUCAUAAUACACAUAAAACCUAGCGGUCAAACAGGGAAAUGGUUCCAAUCGUUUUUCCACCAUUCAUUUUCCCCAUAGGGGAUUUUAGAAACACUUAAAAUAAGGGCUGUGUUUCGUGUAGGCUUACCUUGGCGUGACGUUUUGAUAACCAUAUAAAUCUCUCAGACAAGGUGACUUUUAUCAAUACAUUCAGCUCUCAGAUUCGAAAAUGCUAAUUAGCAUCAAAGUAGGCUCCUGCAUGUCAUCUCUAGCUGACACCUUUGCUAACAGGUAUUGUGUCAACUUAAAACUUGCCCAAGACAGUUCACAGAAUUGUCAAUUUUAAGAAAUGUAACCAAUUUAUUCAUUACAAAAUUUAGCUAACAUUAGAUCGUUAAUCCAGAGAUUCUUACCUUUGCCUCGAUCCGGCAGUCUCGUCCAGAUCAUCAUGGCAUUUGUAGUUCUUAAUGAUAGCCACAUUAGCAGCUAAUUAGCAUUUCAUGUUUGGGGGGGUAAAUACACGCAAAUAUAUUGAUAAAAGUCACCUUGUCCUAGAGAGAUUUACACGGUUAUCUAAACGUCACGCCAGGGUAAGCCUACAGGAAACACAGCCCUUAUUUUAAGUGUUUCAAAAAUUUUGAAAAAACGAUUGGAACCAUUUCCUUAUUUGACUGCUAGGUUUUAUGGGUAUUAUGACUCAUACUGUGGUACUCUAUACCACAGAUGGAACAAUGAGCCACGUUUCACCCGAUGUAUAAAUCUGAUGCAUCCGGUUGGUGAUGAGAAGAAGCCCAGUGGGAGAAGAUGGAGCGAGAUGGAUUUUGGUCAAAUUCUGCACAUUUUUCUCAUCGAUGAAACAUUUGAUCUCAAUACAGUUUUCUGUUCCCAAAACUAGAAUCUGUUACGAACAGAGUGGACAAAGUUUUGUAUACUUUGACCAUUGCCAAAGUAAAAAUUUUUUGCGUUGUUUAGGAGUGCAAGACCGAAUUGAGUUACAGCACAUGCACACUUCAAAGUGGGCGUUCCCAAAUGGAAAUAUGCAAAUACAUGCUACAAUGCACCAAUAGGAUCUCGCUAGCUCGUGCUUGGCUCUGCCCACCUCCUUGCUUGUUCUGUCCUCUAUGAUUAAUUUGCUCCCAUUGGAAACGACAGGAUAUGGUCUAUCAUGGGUUAGUUAUGAAAAUCUUUGGGUAUACUACGAAGCAAGCUAGAUCUACUCAGGCUUUUAUAAAGCUAGCCAACUUCAGUUAGCUUCACAUUCCAGCUCAGGAUUCUUCUGUAUUACUAUGAUGGAUGGAUAUUGCUCGUCCGCCUACCGAAACAGUUUGCACAUAUAUUAUGGCAAAAUAUUGUGAGAUUUUUGUUCGCUUUGGUGUUUGGCAGCAUUUGGCAGGGGUUUUUCCGGCUGUUCGAGCACACACAUUUUUUUUCUUGAGGUUAGUCGAAAUUCGGUAGCCGAAGUCUACGCCCCUUUGUCGGUGAUUGGUCAAAAGUUAGGGAUUCUUCAAUUAAGUGUUUGUUGUCAUUCUUUGAGAGAAGACUAGUUUCAUGCACGUUUUUUCACUUGAGAAAUACUGCACCAAACAUCCAUAAUUCCUUCAAUUCUGACCAGUUUCCCAGUCCCUGCCGAUGAAAAACAUCCCCACAGCAUGAUGCUGCCACCACCAUGCUUCACUGUGGGGGUGGCGUUCUCGGGGUGAUGAGAGGUGUUGGGUUUGCGCCAGACAUAGCGUUUUCCUUGAUGGCCAAAAAGCUCAAUUUUAGCCUCAUCUGACCAGAGUACCUUCUUCCAUAUUUUUGGGGAGUCUCCCACAUGCCUUUUGGCGAACACCAAACGUGUUUGCCUAUUUUUUUCUUCAAGCAAUGGCUUUUUGUCUGGCCACUUUUCCGUAAAGCCCAGCUCUGUGGAGUGUACGGCUUAAAGAGGUCCUAUGGACAUAUACUCUAAUCUCCGCUGUGGAGCUUUGCAGCUCCUUCAGGGUUAUCUUUGGUGUCUUUGUUGCCUCUCUGAUUAAUGCCCUCCUUGCCUGGUCUGUGAGUUUUGGUGGGCGGUCCUCUCUUGGCAGGUUUGUUGUGGUGCCAUAUUCUUUCCAUUUUUUAAUAAUGGAUUUAAAUGGUGCUCCGUGGGAUGUUCAAAGUUUCGCAUAUUUUUUUAUAACCCAACCGUAAUCUGUACUUCUCCACAACUUUGUCCCUGACCUGUUUGGAGAGCUCCUUGGUCUUCAUGGUGCCGUUUGCUUGGUGGUGCCCCUUGCUUAGUGGUGUUGCAGACUCUGGCGCCUUUCAGAACAGGUGUAUAUUUACUGAGAUCAUGUGACAGAUCAUGUGACACUUAGAUUGCACACAGGUGGACUUUAUUUAACUAAUUAUGUGACUUCUGAAGGUAAUUGGUUGCACCAGAUCUUAUUUAGGGGCUUCAUAGCAAAGGGGGUGAAUACAUAUGCACGCACCACUUUUCCGUUAUUAAUUUUUUAGAAUUCUUUUAAACAAGUAAUUUUUUUCAUUCCACUUCACCAAUUUGGACUAUUUUGUGUAUGUCCAUUACAUGAAAUCCAAAUAAAAAUCAAUUUAAAUUAUAGGUUGUAAUACAACAAAAUAGGAAAAACGCCAAGGUGGAUGAAUAAUUUUGCAAGGCACUGUACAGGGAAAUUCUUGAGGGAAACCUGUUUCAGUCUUCCAGAGAUUUGAGACUGGGACGGAGGUUCACCUUCCAGCAGGACAAUGACCCUAAGCAUACUGCUAAAGCAACACUUGAGAGGUUUAAGGGGAAACAUUUAAAUGUCUUGGAAUGGCCUAGUCAAAGUCCAGACCUCAAUCCAAUUGAGAAUCUGUGGUAUGACUUAAAGAUUGCUGUACACCAGCGGAACCCAUCCAACUUGAAGGAGCUGGAGCAGUUUUGCCUUGAAGAAUGGGCAAAAAUCCCAGUGGCUAGAUGUGCCAAGCUUAUAGAGACAUACCCCAAGAGACUUGCAGCUGUAAUUGCUGCAAAAGGUGGCUCUACAAAGUAUUGACUUUGGGGGGGUGAAUAGUUAUGCAUGCUCAAGUUUUCAGUUUUAUUGUCUUAUUUCUUGUUUGUUUCACAAAAAACUCUGAAUUAUCCCAACUGUUACACCGAGAAGGUUUAUCGACGGCGAGUUUUCUGGAAAAUUGCCCUUUUAGUCCUCAUGCUAGGUAGCACAAGCCACAGCAGCCAUUUUGGAAUGGCUGUGUUAGCCGCAUUCAGCAGGCUACGGUGUGAAAUUAAUAUGCUUUUAGAAGUGCCGUCUUCUAUUUUAUGACUUAUCGUUAAUGCCGUCUUUGGUGUGCUUAGCAAUGCACAAGCACCCUUUCCCCCCCCCACUCCUAUUGCUCCUUCUGUGGAACAGCUUGUUGCGUUGUGGUGGCGAUAGACAUAUAAUCCAUAGAAGGGUUUUGAAACCUCUAACCCAGGCAAUUUGACUGUUAAACUCAUGGGUACGCUAGCAAUGGCCGACGGUCUUGACUUGAAUGGGAACUGCCAUCUAUGAAUUAUAUGUCUAUGGUUGGUUCUGCCUGUCAGUUUUGCACACUCUUGGCAUUCUCUCAACCAGCUUCACCUGGAAUGCUUUUUCCAACAGUCUUGAAGGAGUUCCCACAUAUGCUGAGCACUUGUUGGCUGCCUUUUUCUUCACUCUGCGGUCCGACUCAUCCCAAACCAUUGUGGAGGCCAGGUCAUCUGAUGCAGCACUCCAUCACUCUCCUGGUUAUAAGGUGAGCCACUUUUGUGAUACCGGUGUCCUGAGUUCAACUCAAGAGUUGACCAAAGUUACCUCGCUAACUCCUCAAACCGGAUUUUCUCUGGUGGAGAGAGACAGGUUUUCUGGCCCUAAAGGGCGGUGUUGAGCUGUGCUUGAUAACAGGUAGACUACUGUGGAUCUACAGGCUUCAAUGCGUCCCAAACGGCACCAUAUUGACCACCCUAUUCCCUAUAUAGUGUACUACUUUUGAUGAGGGCUCAUAGGGCACAGUGGUCAAAAGUAGUGCACUAUAUAGGGAAUAGGGUGCCAUUUGGGGGACACUGUCUGAAUGUACAGAAUGUUCUUCUGUGAUGCUUUCAGUCCUAUAAUCUCUGUUCAUUGUGAAUCUGCAUUCUGGUGAGCUGUUGACGUUUUAAGAAAGUCUGAUCAACAUGUCCUCAAGUGGACGUUUUCCUCUUAUUGUAGAAACCACACCAUGUGUUAGCGUCUACACAGUGCUGUGCCUUAGACCGCUGCGCCACUCGGGACUCACUUCGACGUACUUCUGACUCAUUGUACACAGUUUAAGCUAGAAACGUAAUGCAAACUUUAAAACAUGUAGACUGGUCUGGAGCAGUGUGCUUGUAUAUAACUUUUUGAUAUCUUUUAUACUUUUUAAACUAUUAUGCUUUAUGUACUUUUUUGUCCAUCUUUUCAUUCACUUUCAUGGGAUUUCUUCAACAUUAUAAAGGUGACAUCGUGACACCAUUGUGACGUCAUGACUUCCAACAUUCCAUUCACUGUGAAUGCAACAAUGAAAUGUUUUACACAAAUCAGCUACUUUGGAAACUUUCCCAACAAGUUAGACAAAAUGUUCGUGUAUGAAAUCCUCCUCUACUUUUCUGCUAUUCAAAUCUGAAAUCACAACAAAAAUAUGUUAUACCAAUCAAAAGUUACAGCUGUUUUUCAGAGUUUGUAAUGAUGAAAAGUAGCUAACUAACAUCAGCUAAACGCUCUCUCAUGUCUCGUCCUUGAGCAGCCCGAGCCAUUGCUAUGAGGUGAGUAACCAUUGUGACAUCACAACUUCCAACAUUCCAUUCACUGUGAAUGCAACAAUGUAACUUUUGACACAAAUCAGCUACUUUUACCACAAGUUAGACAAAAUGUUAGUGUUUGAACUCGUUCUCUACUUCUCUGCUAUUCAAAUCUGAAAUCACAACUUAAAUAUCUUCUAUCAAUCGAACGUUACAGCUGUGUUAGUAACCGCAUUACAAACAACUACCACUUUUCACCACUUUCCCAACAAGUUGGAUGAAAACCGUAGAGCUUAUGAAAUCUUCCUCCACUUCUUUGCUAUUUAAAUCAGAAGUCAUAAUAUAUUCUACCAAUCAAAUGUUACAGCUGUUUGUCAGAGUUUAGAGUGAUGAAAAGUAGCUAGCUAACGUCAGCUAACCGCUCUCUCAUGUAGCUCAGCUACCUCUGUAGCUCAGCUGGUAGAGCAUGGCGCUUGUAACGCCAGGGUAGUGGGUUCGAUCCCCGGGACCACCCAUACGUAAAAAUGUAUGCACGCAUGACUGUAAGUCGCUUUGGAUAAAAGCGUCUGUUAAAUGGCAUAUUAUUAUUAUUAUUAUUAUUAUUAUUAUUAUUCAGGAGGAUGUUAGAGGAGGGCCUUUUUACUGAAGAAUAUUUUUGUUUCAUAUGAUUGUGUUUUGCUUUUCGUGUUUUGUGUUUGCUUUUCAUGUAGACGGAUUGUGUUAAUUGAAGUGGGUUCGAUUCCCAUGGGGGGACCAGUAUAAAAUAGUACAAAAAUGUAUGCACACAUCUACUAUAAGUUGCUCUGGAUAAGAGUGUCUGCUAAAUGACUCAAAUGUGAAAAUGUGAAAAUGAUAGAUUGUCAAGAAAUGAUUACUGAACAUGCUUUCUUAUCUCCUCAUUACAUACCCAAUGUUACCUUUCUUGUGGUGAUAUUAGAAAGAAGCCAGUUGAAUAUGGAUUAUCAUCUCAAUUCACACUAUAGAUGAUCCCAGGCAUAUAUGUAUACAGUGCCUUCAGAAAGGAGUUGAAUACUUAAUGACUCAAGACAUUUCAGCUUUAGAUUUUUAAUUAUUAUAAUUUUUCUUCUAAAAACAGACUUCCCACUUUUGGCAUUAUGGGUUAUUGACAUUUUCCACAUUUUGUUGUUACAGCCUGAGUUAAAAGUUGAUUUAAUUGAGAUGUUGUGUCACUGGCCUACACACAAUAACCCAUAAUGCCAAAGUGGAAUUAUGUUUUUUAGAAAUGUGUACAAAUUAAAUAAAAAUGUAAAAGCUGAAAUGUCUUGCGUUAAUAGGUUUUCACCCCCUUUGUUAUGGCAAGCCUAAAAAAAAAAAUCAGGAGUAAACAUUUGCUUAACAAGUCACAUAAUAAUUUGCAUGGACUCACUAUGUGUGCAAUACUAGUGUUUAACAUGAUUUUUGAAUGACAACCUCAUCUCUGUACACUACACAUACAGCAAUACUGUAGAGCAGUGAAUUCCAAACACCGGUUAAACCACAAAGACCAGGGAGGUUUUCCAAUGCCUCGCAAAGAAGGGCACCUAUUGGUGACCUUUAAAAAAAAAAAAAAAAAAGCAGACGAUGAAUAUCCUUUUGAGUAUGGUGAAGUUAUUAAUUACACUUUGGAUGGUGUAUCAAUAUACCCAGUCACUACAAAGAUACAGUCGUCCUUCCUAACUCAGUUGCCGGAGAGGAAGGAAACCGCUCAGGGAUUACACCAUGACGCCAAUGAUGACUGUAAAACAUUUACAGAGUUUAAUGGCUGUGAUGGGAGAAAAUUGACGAUGGAUCAGCAACAUUGUAGUUAUUCUGCAAUACUAACCUAAUUGACAGAGUGAAAAGAAGGAAGCCUGUACACAAUAAAUAUAUUCCAAAACAUGCAUCCUGUUUGCAACAAGGCACUAAAGUAGCCCUGCAAAACAUAUGGCAAAGCAAUUCACUUUUAGUCCUGAAUACAAAGUGUUAUGUUUGGGGCAAAUACAAUACCACUCUCCAUAUUUUCAAGCAUAGUGGUGGCUGCAUCAUGUUAUGGCUAUGCUUGUAAUUGUUAAGGACUGGGGAGUUUUACAGGAUAAAUAAGAAACGGAAUGGAGCUAAGCUCAGGCAAAAUCCUAGAGGAAAACCUGGUUCAGUCUGCUUUCCACCAGACACUGGGAGAUGAAUUCACCUUUCAGCAGGACAAUAACCUAAAACACAAGGCCAAAUCUACACUGGAGUUGCUUACCAAGAAGACAGUGAAUGUUCCUGAGUGGCCGAGUUACAGUUUUGACUUAAAUCGGCUUGAAAAUCUAUGGCAAGACCUAGCAAUAAUCAACAACCAAUUUGACAGCUUAAAGAAUAAUGGGCAAAUGUUGCACUAUCCGGGUGUGGAAAGCUCUCAGAGACUUACCCAGAAAGACUCACAGCUGUGAUCGCUGCCAAAGGUGCUUCUACAAAGUAUUGACUCAGGGGUGUGAGCACUUAUGUAAAUUCAUAUAUUUCUGUAUUUCAUUUUAAAUAAAUUUACACAUUUCUAAAAACAUAUUUUCACUUUGUGGGGUAUUGUGUGUAGAUGGGUGAGAGAAUUUUUUUUUUAAAUCCAUUUUGAAUUCAGGCUGUAACACAACAAAUUAUGGAAUAAGUCAAGGGGUAUGAAUACUUUCUGAAGGCACUGUAUAUGGAAGUAGUUUAGUGCAACAAAAAAAAAUGGCUUAAAAUGUGGGUCAAAAAUACUACAAAUAAUUUCCUGAGCUUUCAUAUGUCUCUCAGAUAUAGGACAUUUAAAAACAAACUUCCAUUUGAUUUAUUUCUUCGACUAUCUGUUUUGCCAUGUAUGAUUAUGUUAUUCAAUGUGUUUCUAUGGGCUAAUAGCAGUAAGGCCAAAUUCAAUGUUUUAUCAAUAAAAAAAAUAAAAGUAUUUCAUUAUACCUACAGCGGUCGUAAAAUUCAAAAUCAAAUAGCUAAAUGAUCCUCGGUAUGACCAUCUUAAAACAAUUCCAUAUGUUAGCUUAUUAGAAACCCAGCCCUGGGCCUUUAAACCUUUGGUCGUUUUAUGUAGUUAUAUAAAUAAACAAACUGAGUGAGUAAAACCAAAAAGGGGCACAAACAAAACUAGAGCUAGUGGGCAAUGGCAGCGGACAAACAAAUCUGGUUGCCACGGCAACGGCUCAGCAGCAGAACAGAGGUGCCACAGGCACCAUUUCCCCCCACCUCCCCCCCACCUCCCCCUCAUCACGGAGUCUUUCUCUAUUCCCCCCACCUCCCCCUCAUCACGGAGUCUUUCUCUAUUCCCCCCACCUCCCCCUCAUCACGGAGUCCUUCUCUAUUCCCCCCAGAGGCCAAAAAAAAUCACACAAUGAGGAAAGCUUGUAAACAAUAACUACUGAAGGAGAGGCCAGAAACCCUUUUUCGCAGACCUCUACAAAAAUUGGUGAUGUGAGUAAUCCCAUCUCUUUCACUGACCAGCCAAAUGGAUGGCGCUCAGCAGUCAGCUCUCACUACCCGUCCGUAAAGAAAGAGGGAGUCUGCAAUGGGUGGAAGCUGAAAGUCAGAGAGGUAGCUGGACGACCCAGACAGCACCAUGAUAAAAAAUCCACCUCUACAAGAAUGACAUCUUUUCCAACUUUUUACAUACAGCUAAUAUUCUGACCACUUUCCCAACAAGUUCAACAAAAAAGUUAGAGCAUAUGAAAUCUUCCUCUACUUCUCUGCUAAAUAUAUUCUACCAAUCAAAUCAUAUCUAAAUAUAUUCUACCAAUCAAAUCAUAUCUAAAUAUAUUCUACCAAUCAAAUCAUAUCUAAAUAUAUUCUACCAAUCAAAUCAUAUCUAAAUAUAUUCUACCAAUCAAAUAAUUUCUGCUGUUUGAGUAACUGGACCAACUUAUUUUCUUCAUAACUUUUUGAAACGACUGCAAGUUAAACGAAACAUUUCAGAAUAUUAAAUUGUUCUCUACUUAUCUGCUAUUCAAAUCUAAAAUCAGAACAGUUCUUCCACUACCACAAAAAUACUUGUAAAGAAUGAAAGCAGGCCCCACAACUUUACUUCAUGUAAAGUUACCAUCUAGUUAUGAUUAGUCUGGGAUUGGAAAAAGUCAUGGUGUCUGCUCUUCGUUCAUACAAACACACACUCUCCCAAAUCUGGAGUGGGUGGACGUCUCUUCCUGACCAACAUCUGACUUCAUAUUUGAUACCGCUAUUAGACAGCUGUGGCCUAAUUUCGCCGACACACACACAGCUGACCAGCGUAUGGCUGCGGAAAUUACAUGGUCCAAAAGCCUUUAGUUCAUGGGAAUAGCAGAGGAUUCCAUGAGUAAAGACUUACUCCUUUCUAUGUCCCCCCUCCCUCCUCUCCUCUCCUCCCCCUUUAUCUCCUCCCCUCCCUUCCCCUCUCUUCUCCUUUCCUCUCCUCUCCUCUCUCUUUCUCUCCUCUCCCUCCUCUCCUCUCCUCCCCCUUUCUCUUCCUUCUCUCCUCCCCCUUUCGCUCUCUCUUUCCUCUCCUCUCUUCUCUCUCCUCUCUCAUCUCUCCCUCCACAUUUCCCUCUAUUCUCUCUAGGGGUAA